AUGAGCUACAGUAAGGGCAGCUGUUAUGGGGGCCUGGGCUAUGGCUACGGCUCUGGUUACGGCUGUGGAUGUGGCAGCUUCCGUGGCCUAGGCUAUGGCUGUGGUGGCUACGGCUAUGGAGGCCUGGGCUAUGGUGGCUACGGCUAUGGAGGCCUGGGCUGUGGAGGUUACGGCUAUGGAGGCCUGGGCUAUGGUGGCUACGGCUAUGGCUGCUACCGCCCAUCUUGCUGUGGAAGGUAUUAUUCUUCUGGCUUCUACUAA